GAAGAAAAAUGAGGGAAUGUGUACUUACUUGGACUCCUGUAUACAGUGCCCUGGGCCUCCCACCCAGUGAGUAGUGAGAUUCUUUUAAGGUACCAGCAUAGGAGCCUGGUGUACGCCCAGACCAGCUGGGUAGUGCUACGUGGGAGACUCCCAGCCCAGAGCCUCAAUGCUGUUGUCAGAGAUGUCAUUGAGCGUUCAUUGCCUGCCCCCAGCUGUUCGUGGUCCCUGGCCACACCAAGCCCCCACAUGUGAGGGCUACUGCUCUGCAACGAGGCCUGGCUCUGAGGAGGAUGCCGUGUCCACCCGCCAGCUCACGUCUGCACCAUGAGUGAUGAGCGGCCGCUGCCUGGCAGUGCAGUGGGCUGGCUGGCAUGUGGAGGUCUGUCUCUGCUGGCCAAUGCCUGGGGCAUCCUCAGUGUGGGUGCCAAGCAGAAGAAGUGGAAGCCUCUAGAGUUCCUGCUGUGCACACUCGCGGCCACCCACAUGCUCAACGUGGCGGUGCCCAUUGCCACCUACGCUGUGGUGCAGCUGCGUCGGCAGCACCCUGACUACGAGUGGAACGAGGGCCUCUGUAAGGUCUUUGUGUCCACCUUCUACACCCUCACCCUGGCCACCUGCUUCUCCGUCACUUCCCUUUCCUACCACCGCAUGUGGAUGGUCCGCUGGCCCGUCAACUACCGGCUGAGCAAUGCCAAGAAGCAAGCAGUGCACACCGUCAUGGGCAUCUGGAUGGUGUCCUUCAUCCUGUCGGCUCUUCCUGCCGUUGGCUGGCACGACACGAGUGAGCGUUUCUACACCCAUGGCUGCCGCUUCAUUGUGGCUGAGAUUGGCCUGGGCUUUGGCGUCUGCUUCUUGCUGCUGGUGGGUGGCAGUGUGGCCAUGGGAGUGGUCUGCACAGCCAUCACACUCUUCCAGACGCUGGCCAUGCAGGUUGGGCGCCGGGCCAACCACCACACCUUCACCGUACCCACCAUCGUGGUGGAGGAUGCACAGGGCAAGCGUCGUUCCUCCAUUGAUGGCUCGGAGCCCGCCAAAACCUCGCUGCAGAUCACAGGCCUGGUGGCCGCCAUUGUGAUCAUCUAUGACUGCCUCAUGGGCUUCCCUGUGCUGGUGGUGAGCUUCAGUAGCCUGCGGGCCGAUGCCUCAGCACCCUGGAUGGUGCUCUGUGUGCUGUGGUGCUCCGUGGCCCAGGCCCUCUUGCUACCUGUGUUCCUCUGGACAUGUGACCGCUACCGGGCUGACCUCAAGGCUGUCUGGGAGAAGUGCUUGGCCCUCAUGGCCAAUGAUGAAGAUUCUGACAAUGGCAAGGAUGACCUGAUAGUGGCCCCUGGGGAAGGCAGCACCUGGGCGAGGUCCCUGGGGUCAGCUGGAAAAGAGCUAUCUGGAGUGUCCCCCAAGACCAUGGCACUUAAGUGACCCUGUCCUCCUCUACCAGGCAUUCCUCCUCCCCUCCC